CGCAAUGUAUUCGAUUGGAUGAAAAUGUUUGCUAUAGCGCCUGUUGUCGAUCCGUCGUAUACAUUCUUGGUUAAUAUUGAAAAACACAAUUAUGAUCAAAGAAACCAAGUCUUAAAUUUUUAUAAUUUGCUCAAAAGAAACGUAAAGCCGUAUCUCGACAGAAUUGAAGACAGACCACAAACUUAUCAAACGGCCAUAGAGAAAAUAAUUGAAAUUUCUUUUUUUGACAUGGAAUCAUGUGAUUUCUUGGUGCGUGAAAUGAUUGGAAAAGAAAGGAUGAACGAACGGAUUAAACGUUCCAUCGACAAAUUUAUCAGUCAAUAUAUAGACUCGGAUGAUCCACGAAAUUUGGAACGGCAUUUUAAAUCUCUAUCCGAAGACCUUCGCGUUGAAUGUGCCCCUGUUUUUUGCGAACAAUUUUCAAAAUUAUUGAGCAACAAUAGAAUCUCAUGGAAAUCCGAGUAUUUGGAGUCGAUGUUUCAUCUUUUUUCUCAAUUAUUCACAGCGGAGUUAGAUAUCAUGAAAGUGUUGGUGUUACUUUCGAAGUCAAGAAAUGUUGAUUUACUACUGUCAUUUCCAAAAUGGUCGAAGUUCGCAUUGGAGUCUAGAAAUGUCAAAGCUGACUUUAGAACAAAAAUUUCAACUCUUUGCGAGGAAUGGUAUUCGACCAUAAUGUCUGCGGUCACGAAUCAAAAAAACACAGCAAAUCCUGUGAUCUUUCUUUAUCAACAACUUUCCGCUAUUUCCUUUGUUCUUCAAAGAAGGACUGAUAUAUACAAAAAAUUGGUGGAUACAGUCGAACAAAAAAUUCUCAAUUUUCCUCAAGAAUGGUCGUUUAAGGCUACAUCUUUUGUGGGUGCGCUGGAGUCUCGUAUUGUCGGAGAUUUCGAAAAAGUUCUUAGACAGAGACUGAAGUCACCAUUGAGUAUUGACACCAACGAUAAUGCCGUAAUUAAAAUUAUUUCUCAGAUUUGCAACUCAUCAGGUUCUCCCUUGUAU